ACUACGUAUUAGAUAUAGUUCUGUAGUAAUUUUCUAUUCUCGUCCUCACCAAUACAGAUUGAGAAGGGAUACAAGCUCAAUUCUAGGGAGAGAAAAUAAGUUCUCAAGAGAGAGAGAGAGAGGGAGACAGAGAGAUGUGCUGCAGCUAUGGCGUAAUACCUAGAAGCGAUCCUAGCUUCUCGCUGCUUCCAUACAAGCCCUCAAUCUCCCCCACCCAGGUCCACGUACCCCGGUCCCGCGUGGCAAUUCGGACCCGGGUGGGUUCGUUUCGAACCCGGUCCUCCUCCUCCGUCCACGAUGGCAGCUCGGUCGCGUCGCCACCGCUGACGGAGGAGUUGAUGAGCUUCUACGAGCUUCUGGGGAUAUCAUCGGAGGGGACGGCGGUGGAGAUAAAGCAAGCGUACAAGCAGCUGGCCCGGAAAUACCACCCGGACGUGUCGCCGCCGGGCCGGGUCGAGGAGUACACCCAGAGGUUUAUCCGGGUCCUGGAGGCGUACGAGACGCUCUCGGAUCCGGGGCGGAGGGCUAUGUAUGAUAGGGAUAUGGCCAGAGGGAUUCAUCUCGCUUUCUCGGCUCGUCGCCGUUUCCAAAGCGAUCAGCGUAUGGAGGAACGAGGUGAGUGGAAGAACCGCUGGAAGGACCAGUUAUCAGAGCUGAAGAGAAGAAGCACGGAUAAAGACUCCCAAGGGAAUAUGUCGUGGGGAGCACGAAUGCGGAGGCAAAGGAAUGACUUAUUGACUGAAGUAUGAACGCCUUGUUUCGUUUAAUUUUAUCUUGUACAUAGCUUUCAACCUUAUACAUGGUUUCAAGGGGAGAAGUAAUACAGUUGCAUUUGGUUAGCAUCGGUUUCAAUGUUGGAUCAGUGUGCUUCCCAAUUUAAUGCUAAUCAUGCAGUAUCCAGAGAGAGUUUGGUGUGGAACCAGGCAAUAUCAAGUUAUCGACGGUAAGUAGGCUAUAAAUGUGGUACAUAGAAGCAAGAACUAUACCUUUUGCCUUUUUCCUGUGUAAUGAUCUCGCGUUAUCGCUUGAACUGAAAUUGCUGUUGUCUUGAGAUAAUUUACAUCUGUCCAAUGUGACUUCUCCAUUUGAAUACAUGGAAAUAUUUAGCCAA